GUAUAUAGAGAAAACAAAAUCAAAGCUUUCUUAAACACCUCUCAUCCUGGACUCACAUGGACCAAGCAUGAUGAAUUUGCUGAUAGAAGAUCUGCCCCAGCAUCUCUUCCUAUCCAUGUCAAGACAAUGAUCUCUAUCCAAACCUUCAUUUCCUUUUGCUACACGAAUUAAAACAAACUGCCAGAAAACUCCAGGAGAUUCAGAGGUCGGGAACGUGUUUCCAGAUCACCUUUGCAAAAAUUGUGCCUUGUAGAAUCUUAGUCGUCAGUCUUCUGCCAUCAAAAAGAUCAGUUUCGUCGCCUGCACCUGGAAAAAGUUAACAAGUGCUGUUCUGCUUGAUAGGAGAGAUUUAUCUCUGUCUGUUUAUCUGUGAUCUAUAGUAAUGACAGCGGGAGACUGCAGAAAAUUCAUGUGUAGAACCUACACAAUGGGAGAGAAUUAUGAAACCUCUGUGGGACGAUGAAUGCAAUAGGGAUGUGUUAAUGGGCUUAAUAAAUCCGAGUCCCUAGCAGCAGCAGCAUCUGCCAGAGGUCCCUUUUGCCAUUUCCUGUGGGCUGCUCUGCUUGAGAGCAGUGCUGGAGGGAAAGAUCACUCUUUAAAAGCUGAACUUCCACAAGAAUUUGGGAUAUGAAACGUGCUCUUUCUGAAUGCCUUCCCUGGGGAGAAAACCCUGUCACUGGUUGGGAUAAGGAAAUGAAGUUACGAAGAUGCAGUAGGAAUAAAAGUUCGUCUUUUGCGUUCUGAUGCCAUAGGCUAUUCAAAAAUAGCAUUAGGGACAGAUCUGGAAUCAAGACAUCAUUGCUGUCCAUGGAAAGCUUGACUACCUUCAGUGGCAGAUUUCCAUAUAAAUUGGUGGAGUUGUGGAGAUCAGUCGGGCAGGAAUACAAAAAGGUCAGUAGGCACAAUUGUGUUCAAUAAUCUUUUGAACUGUGAUCUGUGUACGUGAGCUGCAGAGCUAACGGCAGAAGCUGCUCUCAUCCUUAGUGCAGCGGCUGCGGGGCCGGUGUGCCUGGGGGAAGGUAACGGUCAAUGCAAACGGGGAUGGGCCAAAGCUGUGUGGGCAGGCGUCAGAUUUUGCCCUAAGGCUUCAAAUGGUGGUCGAAAACCCACCCAGAGCCGAGCACCCGGCUUUUCUGGAGCCGGGGAGCAGAGGACUGUAACGUUUGUUUCAGUAUCUUGAGACACAGAUGAGCCUCCGGUAGAAGCGGGGCUCGAAUGGAGAGCACAGAUAGCAGAAAAACUCAGCCUUGUCUCUUUUGAAAGAAGGAUCUCCCCCCUGACGCGGCUCUCUUCUGCUUCCUCCCAAGUCGACCGCAUCCCCUCUCAGCUCUGCCCUCCCGUGUCCCCCUUGGCUCUGAGUAGAGGGAAAUGUGGAGUAACCUGUGUUUCUCAGUCUGCUCUCCUGCUGCAUCCCUUUUCCAUUCAGCGGUCACUUGUGCUGUCAGCAGAGCUGAUGGGUAACAGGGAGUAUCUACUGUGAAACAGUUACCGCUGAACAGUUUGACCCCCCCUGUUUGCUCAGAGGGAUGCUGGGGGGGGAACACAGAGACCAUGAGAAAGGGAUCUUUCCUGGUUUUCCCUUUCCUUCUACCCUCAAUCCAUACAAGACUUGCUCACAAGCACCGACCUGUGACCACCCUCACCCCUGUGCCUUCAUUACGAAACACUCUAGAUAUAUUUUGUUGCAAGAAACAUAUAGAACUGCAUGUGGAACAUGCAUGUUUUCAGAAACACUUCAACGAAACUGAGAGUUUCUAAUAGAGGAGCCCCAAUCAGGGUCAUCUUGGGACCUGUCCCAUUAAUUGAAAAUAAUUUAUGGAAAAACAAUUUAUUUGGGAAGACAAGUGUGAAAGAUUAGUUUUUCAGCCACUUCAACUAAUGACAGGCUACAGAUCAAGAUGAAUAGAGGUGACAGGAAAGACCAGACCCAAAGAAGAGAAAAUGUCUCUGGGAAGAAUUAAAAGUUUGGUGGGAUUUUCCCGUCUGUUUUAACAGAUGAACAAAAUUCAGGCGUCAAAAUGAGCUGCAGUUAGCAAAAAGCACCUUGUUUCAGACAAACUGGCCGAAGAGUGCUCUACAAAGAAGAUGGGGAGACUCAUAUGAACUUCUCCGAAACCAAUACAAUGAGAAUGUUGGGCAUAAAUAUUCGGCAACAAAUAAGAAGAAAGAAUUGAAGUGCAAGAAUGGAAAAUGAUACAGAUGAAGCAAACCAAGUCGAUACCAACAGAGGCAAUUUGUGCAGAGUGCCACAUGAUGCCGCUCUAACCUAAUAAACGUAUGAUAAAACCGGGGGAAGGGCGGGGAAAUACCUUCCGGUGCGGAUAAAAAAAAAAAAAAAAAAAAAAAACGGAGAUGAGAAAAAGAAGAGGAGAAGAGGAUGUGCAGCGCCUGACAGAGGAUUUCUGUAGAGUGCACAGCAAAAACCGACUAGAUACAAAGAUCCGUAACGAAACGGCGUGAAGAAAAAAGAAUUGCUGACCGCGAUGGGCAUUUCUGGACCGACACGGCAGUGCUGGGGGCCCGUGGUGCGGGUGCUGGUGCUGCAGGCGGCCUGGGCGCUGGGCGGCGGGCAGGUGCGCUACUCGGUGCCGGAGGAAGCCAAGGCCGGGACGGUGGUGGGCCGGCUGGCGCAGGACCUGGGCCUGGAGGCGGGCGAGCCGGAGGCGCGGCGGCUGCGGCUGGUGGCGCAGGGCCGGCGGGCGAGCGUGGAGGUGAGCGGGGCGAGCGGGGCGCUGGUGGUGAGCUCGCGGCUGGACCGGGAGGAGCUGUGCGGGAAGAGCGCGCCGUGCGCCCUGCGCCUGGAGGUGCUGGUGGAGCGGCCGCUGCGCGUCUUCCACGUGGAGCUGGAGGUCACCGACAUCAACGACAACGCGCCGCUCUUCCCCGCCGCCCGCAAGAACCUCAGCAUCGCGGAAUCGGUGUUGCCGGGGUCCCGCUUCCCGCUGGAGGGCGCGUCGGAUGCGGAUAUCGGGGCCAACGCGCAGCUCUCCUACACCCUCAGCCCCAGCGAGCACUUCGGUCUGGAUUUACAGCGGAGUGAGGAAUACCGAGAAUCCCUGUUUCUGGUGCUCAGGAAAUCCCUCGACCGCGAGACGCUGCCCGUGCACCGGCUGCUGGUGACGGCGAGUGACGGGGGCCGGCCGUCUCUGACGGGCACGAUGGAGCUGGUGAUCUCGGUGCUGGACGCCAACGACAACGCGCCCCAGUUCAACCAGUCGGUGUAUAAAGUGCAGCUGCCGGAGAACGCUGCGGAGGGGACGCUGGUGACGCGGGUGAACGCCACAGAUCCAGACAUCGGAAGCAAUGGCGAAGUGACGUUCACUGCGAGGGAUGUUUUUCCUGUAAAAGGAUUAAACCUUUUCACUUUAAACCCGAAGACGGGAGAGAUCCGUCUCACGGGCGCCCUGGACUUUGAAGAUUGCCGUUCAUACGAGAUACAAAUCGAAGCAGAAGACAAGGGGACGCCCCCGCUGUCAGGCCACUGCAAGGUGGUGGUGGAGGUGCUGGACGUGAACGACAACGCGCCGGAGGUGUGGGUGACGUCGCUGUCGGUGCCGGUGCCGGAGGACGCGGCGGUGGGGACGGUGGUGGCGCUGCUGAGCGUGUCGGACCGGGACGCGGGGGCGAACGGGCGGGUGCGGUGCGCGGUGUGGCCGGCGGCGCCGUUCGGGCUGGUGGCGACGUUCGCGGGCUCGUACUCGCUGGUGCUGCGGGAGGCGCUGGACCGGGAGCGGGUGUCGGAGUACGAGGUGGAGGUGCGGGCGGAGGACGGCGGGGCGCCGCCGCUGCGCGCCAGCCGCGGGGUGCGGGUGCCGGUGUCGGACGUGAACGACAACGCGCCGGCGUUCGCGCAGGCCGUGUACACGGUGCUGGCGCGGGAGAACAACGCGGCGGGCGCGGAGCUGGCGCGGCUGUGGGCGCGGGACCCGGACGAGGCGGGCAACGGGCGCGUGAGCUACUCGGUGGCGGAGGGCGGCGUCGGGGGGCGGGCGGCGUCGAGCUACGUGUCGGUGGAGGCGGAGAGCGGGCGGCUGCGGGCGCUGCGGCCCUUGGACUACGAGGAGGUGCAGGUGCUGCAGUUCGAGGUGCGGGCGGUGGACGCGGGGGAGCCGCCGCUGUGCGGCAACGCCACGGUGCAGCUCUUCGUGGUGGACGAGAACGACAACGCGCCGGCGCUGCUGCCGCCCGCCGGCGGCGGGCCGGGUGCCGGGGCCGCGGGGGGCUCGGAGGCGCUGUGGGCGUGGGCGGCGUGGGGGGCGCCGGCGGGGCAGGUGGUGGCGAAGAUCCGCGCGGUGGACGCGGACUCGGGCUACAACGCGUGGCUGCGCUACGAGCUGUGGGAGCCGCGGGGGAAGGGCCCGUUCCGCGUGGGGCUGUACAGCGGCGAGGUGAGCACGGCGCGGGCGCUGGAGGAGGCGGACGGCCCGCGGCAGCGGCUGGUGAUCGUGGUGCGCGACCACGGCGAGCCGGCGCGCUCGGCCACGGCCACGCUGAGCGUGUCGCUGGUGGAGGGCGCCGAGGCGGCGCUGGCGGCCGCGGGCUCCUCGUCGUCGUCGUGGUCGUCGUGGUCGUCGGGGCCGGGGCUGCGGCCGGCGGCGGGCGCGGAGGGCGGCGCGGCGGCGGCGGCGGCGGCGACGAACGUGUGGCUGGUGGUGGCCAUCUGCGCGGUGUCGAGCCUGUUCCUGCUGGCGGUGGUGCUGUACGGGGCGUCGCGGUGGGCGCCGCGGGCGGCCGUGCUGGCGGGGCCCGGGCCGGCGACGCUGGUGUGCGCCAGCGAAGUGGGGAGCUGGUCGUACUCGCAGCGGCAGAGCCGGAGCCUGUGCGUGGCGGACGGCGCGGGCAAGAGCGACCUGAUGGUUUUCAGCCCCAACUUCCCGCCGCCGCCCGGCCCCGCGGCGAAGGAGACGCAGCCGGAGCCGCCCGCUCCGCCGGACACGGUCAGUGGCCCUCCCUCUGUCGCCUCCCGCCCCUUCCCUCCCUCCCUCCUUCCCCCCUCCCGCCCUUCUGCCGCGCGUGCCGUGGGCGGGCGCUGGUGGGAGCCGGGCUCAGCCCCCGGGGCCCGCGGGCGGGGGGUGCGUGGCGGGUGCGUGGCGGGUGGCACCGGCACCUCGGCCUCUGCCCUCGCGUCCUCUGGGGAGCCCCGCGGCUCUGGCGGGGCCGGGGGGGGCGGCGAAGGUGUCGCCGCACCCAGCAGCGGUUCCCGCCCGCAGCGGGGGCUCGCAGCUCUGCAGCAGAGUCAUUCCGAAAGCAGGGGCGGCGGCGCGGGCUUUUUUUCCCGCAGGGCGUCGAAGCUGCGUUUAGCCGUGUGAGUUACCUGGAGGAGGAGGAGCGUCCCCCCGCGAAGGGUCUGGAGAGGG